AUGCGUCCACUCUGGCCCUCGUUCGUCUUCCUUCUACUACAGGAGGCUGAAUCGGCAGCUCCAGACGGUACUCCCACCACCGUUGCUGCGUUGAAUUUGAGCUCUCUUCCUCCUCGCGGAGAGGUGACCGCGUCCGUGAAGCCGAUACCCGUGCAGCUACAAGAUGGAAGUGGGGACAAGAGUGGCGACAAACACGAGGAAAAAGAGGAGCGAUUUGGCCUGCCACAGACCUCAUCCGUUCUCGAGGGAUCAACGCACGUUGCAGGAUGGAACGGAUGGCUCUCGGUCCCGCUGGAUUUUCCAAUCGACCGAAGCAAGUUUUCCAAGAUCUUCGAGAAGUCGAACGUCGUCAAUGAGGAUCAAGUGAUGCAGUGGUUCACGAAGUUCCACACGCCUGGCCAAUCAUUUCGUGGUGAUGACUUGGUUACGGGUUUGAUACGAGAUGGACACGGGGAAGAGCUGGUACGACUUUUUCAAGAGAUGUGGUUUUUCCCUGAAUUGAAAGAGCGCGCCGCAAUGAUGCAGAGGGCCCUUCUUGCUGAAGAGCCAACCCUUUUGCCAUUGGUCUUCAAUGUUUGGUUAGGGGCAAAGGUGACUCCUGCCGAAGCUUUCCGCAUGAUGUCUCUAUCAGUGAAGAAAAGCACUUCCGGUGGAGCAAGUGAAAUUAAAUCGUGGCCUGUGAUCUUUCCAAAGCUUAGAUAUUGGCUGGUAUAUGUACGCGACUACCAACUCAAGUGGAACGACUUCAGCCAAGACCAAGUGAUCGAUGUGUUGGUGGGCGAUAGCCGAUCUGAGGCCCAGUUGGUAAACUUUUUUCAUUGGCUUCGAAAGAAACCUGGCAUGGAUGGCCUCGCUGGAGGGCUGCAGAAGAAGCUUGUUCUGAGGUCGCUGGAUCCAACAAAAACGUUGCGCCUGAUGUUUGGUCUGUGCUUGAUAUCAAAGGCGGAUCCUAGAGAGGUUUUCUACAUGAUGCCCAUCCUGUCGUUGAAAUCGAGAGCCAUCGGGGAUACGCGAAGCCGGUUCGCCAGUCUUCCGAUGCUCAAGCAUUGGAUGGGCUAUGUGUCCGAGUAUCGAUCGAAAGUACGAGACUUUAACGAUGAUCAAGUGUUCGAAUUGGUAAACAGCCUUCCUGAGGUCGAUGUGGCGAAAUUUUCUUUUUAG